AUGCCUGAUCUUUUGCUUGCUGCAUCCCGCUACAAGAAAAAGCAUCCCUCUGAGAGUUUUGCCAGUGUUUCACUUCACUACAACAUCCCAAAAACCACCCUGUACAACCGCUUCAAAGGAGUUCACUCCCCCCGAGGGAACAAUGUCGCUCGAGCCCUCUCCAUCCCCCAAGAAUACAGACUUAUCAACAAGAUCAAUGAGUAUGCCAAUCGUGGAACCCUUCUUACCCCUCGGUUUGUGAAAGAGCUUGCAGAAGCUGCGGUAGGACGGUCACUUGAUCGUCUCUCCUCUCAAUACAACACAUACCAAGAGCUUUCUAGACUUCGAGCAGACAAACCAGAGACAAGAAAAGCGUGGUAUUCCCUGGUAAAGCGUGUUAUCGACUCCAGACUCUAUCCCCCUCACUGCAUGUUCAAUAUGGAUGAAUCGGGUUUUGAUCUCUCAUAUGAGCGCAGAGUUCGACGUGUAACUCCUCGAGCACACAAACGUAAUACACAAGCUGUCGGACCCAAUAGUGAACACAUCACCUCUAUUGCCUGCAUUGGAGUCGACAUCAAUGCUCCUCAGGUACCACCAACGAUCAUCUAUCAAGGAAUGGGACAGGUUCUGCCAGCUUGGACUCAAGUGAGGGAACCAGACGUAGUACAAAAGGGGAUGGUAACACAAUCAGGUUGGAGCAAUACCUAUAUCUGUCAAAAGUGGUUGACCGAUGUCUUUGAUCCAGCCACUCGUGACCAUGUUCCCCCUCACUGCCGACGACUUCUUUUCCUUGAUGGAGCGGACCCCCAUGUCAAACGCACCUUCUUCAACCAACUGGAUGAUUAUCAACGUGGGAGUUGUUUAUCUCGAGCAGCGAAGGGGAUGUUUUGGAGAUGGCAUCAAGUAGCGUGGAAGGGAACGAUGCAGGAUAAUCAGAUCAAGGCAGCUUGGCGGAAAGCAGGAUUGUGGCCACUGGAUCCUGAAGUCAUGGGUGCGGUCGAUCUACCUAUUUCAUCUAUUCCCCCUAUUCCGACCACACCUCCUCCACAAGGCUCUUCACCUGAUCUUGAAACCCCACGGAACUAUCAGCGCCUCCGAAAAUACUCGUCUCUUAUCCGGCAGGGUGUGCUGGAUCCAAAACAGGCCUUUGAGAAGGCAAGGAAGGGAUUGGAAGAGUCAUUGGCGGAUUGUGCAUUUAAGGAUAGGGAGGUGAAGGACAUGCGGGCAGCAAUGACAUUGGAUAAGGAAGCCAGGGGAAGUAGGAAGCGUGCGAUCUACAAAGAUGGUGAAGUCUUUGACCCGGAGUACCAGGAGCGGAAUGUAGAAGCACUUGCCGAAAGAAAGAAGGCAGAGCAGGAAUCUAGGAUGAAGAAGAAAACGGCUGCGCUGGCUGAAGCAUGCGAAAGAGCAUACCAAGUGGCGGGAGUAGCAAUGGCGGCACAACAUGAUAAUCAAGAAUUUUAUGUGUGUGUAUUGAAAGGUGAGUAUGAUACCACGAACAAAGCUAACGAUGCCACUACUGCAGAAUUCCUCCAACCACUUUGCCAAGAUUGGUCUCAACGCACUGGGAAGACGGCAGAAGACAUCGGAAGCUUGACUGCCGGGUCCACGAUGAAUGGGUUCGGAGGAAAUGGUGAUCAUUCAUUCUCGGAAGAUAGAAUGUCCGAAUAG